CCGCCUCCCCCCUUCUUCUCCUCAGAGGCGGCGCAGAGCCGGGGCGGGAGAGGCGGCUCCUCUUCUUUCUCCUGGCGGGCGAUGGGUUCGGAGAAGGACUCGGAGUCUCCGCGCUCGAGCUCCCUCCCCGCCGCCGCUCCCCCUCCGCCGCCCCCUUCCCCUCAGCCGGCCAAAUGCCCCGGAAGCGGCGGAGGCGGGAGCGCCAGGCGCCGCCGCCGCCUCCGCCUCCUCAGCUUCCAGAGCGUCUUCUCGGCCGCCGCCUCCGCCGCCUCGUCGGGGCCUGGAGUCCGGCGGAGGAAGAAGGCCAAGGCCAGGCCGGAGGAAGAGGUCGAGGAGAAGGCGGCUGAGGAAGGCCCACCGCCACCGCCGCCAGGGCCGCCGCCUGCCCCGGAAGAAGAGGCCUCCGCCGCUGCCGCCUUGGCCUGCGAGGCCCCUGAGGAAGCGGAGGAAGAGGAAGAGGAGGGGGGGAAUGGCAGUGGCGAGGGCCAUGGCAGCGCCCCUCCGUCGUCGCCGCCGCCUCCCUCGGAGCUGGAGUGCCCCUUGUGCCUGGUGCGGCAGCCCUCGGGGAACGCGCCGCGCCUGCUCUCCUGCCCGCACCGCUCCUGCCGCGCCUGCCUCCGCCAGUACCUCCGCAUCGAGAUCACCGAGUCGCGCGUCCACAUCAGCUGCCCCGAGUGCGCCGAGCGCCUCGACCCCGCCGACAUCCGGCGCCUCCUGAGGGACUCCCCGCAGCUGGUGGCCAAGUACGAGGAGUUCCUCCUCCGCCGGUGCCUCGCCUCCGACCCCGACUGCCGGUGGUGCCCGGCCCCCGACUGCGGGUAUGCUGUUAUUGCCUAUGGAUGUGCCAGCUGCCCUAAAUUGACGUGUGAGAGAGAAGGGUGCCAGACUGAGUUUUGCUAUCAUUGCAAACAAAUAUGGCACCCAAACCAAACGUGCGACAUGGCCCGCCAACAAAGAGCACAAACUCUGCGGGUGCGAACAAAGCACACCUCAGGCCUCAGUUAUGGACAAGAAUCCGGCCCAGCAGAUGACAUUAAGCCAUGUCCACGUUGCAGUGCCUAUAUCAUCAAAAUGAAUGACGGCAGCUGUAAUCAUAUGACUUGUGCAGUGUGUGGCUGCGAGUUCUGCUGGUUAUGUAUGAAGGAAAUCUCUGACUUGCAUUACCUCAGUCCUUCUGGUUGCACUUUCUGGGGCAAGAAGCCAUGGAGUCGUAAAAAGAAGAUUCUCUGGCAGCUUGGGACGUUGAUUGGUGCCCCAGUGGGCAUUUCCCUCAUUGCUGGUAUUGCAAUUCCAGCCAUGGUCAUUGGCAUCCCUGUUUAUGUUGGGAGAAAGAUUCACAGCCGGUAUGAGGGAAAGAAGACCUCCAAGCACAAGAGGAACCUGGCGAUCACUGGGGGCGUGACCUUGUCUGUGAUUGCGUCGCCUGUUAUUGCUGCCGUCAGCGUAGGUAUCGGAGUCCCUAUUAUGUUGGCCUAUGUCUAUGGAGUUGUGCCGAUUUCUUUAUGCCGGGGUGGCGGUUGUGGAGUUAGCACAGCCAAUGGAAAAGGAGUUAAAAUUGAGUUUGAUGAAGAUGAUGGGCCAAUUACAGUGGCAGAUGCGUGGAGAGCCCUGAAGAAUCCCAGCAUUGGAGAGAGCAGCAUCGAAGGCCUCACUAGUGUCUUGAGCACCAGUGGGAGUCCCACGGAUGGACUCAGUGUGAUGCAGGGCAACUACAGUGAAACAGCCAGCUUUGCAGCCCUCUCAGGAGGCACUUUGAGCGGCGGAGUGCUUUUGGGCGGGAAAGGAAAGUACAGCAGACUGGAAGUGCAAGCAGAUGUGCAGAAAGAGAUCUUCCCUAAGGACUCGGUCAGCCUGGGAGCCAUCAGUGACAAUGCAAGCACACGAGCCAUGGCUGGCUCCAUCAUUAGCUCGUACAACCCCCAGGACAGAGAGUGUAACAACAUGGAGAUCCAGGUGGACAUUGAGACCAAGCCGAGCCACUACCAGCUUGCAAGUGGAAGCAGUACGGAGGACUCACUCCACGUUCAGCCCCAGAUGGCGGAGAAUGAAGAAGAGGAGGAAGAGGAAGGUGAGGAGGACCAGGAGCCGCUAUGCCACCACCAAAGCUGUGAGCCGAAGGACUGCGCGACCAGCCAAACCUGGGACAUCACGCUGGCACAGCCGGAGAGCAUCCGGAGUGACCUGGAGAGCUCUGACAGCCAGUCGGACGACGUGCCAGACCUUACCUCGGACGAAUGUGACUCCCCCUACCCUCAGACCGCCGCCUGCCUGCCUGCCCCCUGCCCCAGAGGUGCUGAGAGCCCAAGUGCCCACAUCAGCCAGUGCGCCCAAGCUGAGGGCCACCGGCCGGAGGAGAUCAUCUCUACUCUGGAGUGCAUCGAGGCCCGAGUAUGAGGCUGCACUGGCAGCUACCUCUGGAGAAAGAAAGGAAGGAAGGAAGAAGCACACUGAUUGUUACACCCUCCAUGAUGGGGGGCCCAACCAGGGGAGUGAAGGGUGGGGUGGGGGGGUCAGAGUUUGCGGCAGCAGCGUUGGAUGUGUCCCUCUUGGCUUUUGUUUGUUUCCAUUUCCCCCAAAUGCUGUCCUGACCGGACUGGGGCAGGGCAGGGGGAGGGGACGUCAUUUCUCCCAUGAAGAUAACGGGCCCUUGGUCUCUCUUUUUGUUCUUUUUAAUUUAUUGGUUCAAGCGCUUGGUGAUGCUCUGUGAGUUGUGUGUAAGAGUGUACAUAAAAUGUGUGCGUGUACCAUCGUAUGUCUGCCAAACAUACGCCUAAGGGAACGCCUUUAAAAAUAAAGAUUUCUCUUGGCAUUCA